AUAUUCAUUACCUUAUAAAGUCUCACCAGAAAUGUCAAUACAUCCACUGUUCCUUCCAGAAAUCCUAGAACAAGUAAAAUGGUGUAGGAGUGCUAUUCCGUUGCUCUGGGAAAAGCCUUUUGAGGCUGAUCUUAAGAAGUGCAUUAAGGUUGUUUCUUUGCUGGUCGCGAUUUUGGAGAGCAACAAUUCAAAGACGAUAUCGCGAAAGAAACAUCAAAGUAAUUGCAAAUAUUCAAUGACGUAUGACAGCACAAAUAAUUUGCGUAAAGUUAAAACAAUCCUACGUUCCACUAAAAACAGUUCAAUGUCCUCUCAUCAUAACCC